AUGGACCCUGUACUGUCCGGAUCGCUGUGUUUUUUAGUGUUGGCCAUUGCUAUGUACCUCAAAUUCAUUCGAGAGCAGCCUUGGAGCGACGAAGAAAUCGUAGAUCACAAAAGUAGCCCAGUUGGUAGUGAUGAUACGAUGCCAUUUCUGCAUUCAUCGUCAACUGCUAAUAGACUACAGACUCAGCAGCAGAAGAGAGGACCGGGACAGAUGCGACAACAGCUUAACCAGAAGCAGCAGAUAACUCAACAGACACAGCAGGAGUUUCCGCCUCAUCAUGGAUAUGCAGAUUUUCAGGCAGCGUCCCCAGCUGUAGUGGCGGCAGCUUUAGAUGCCACUGCUCUGUCGGGAGCAACCUACAUACCGGCUAAAAAGCAGCCAAUGAGGAGAAGAACUCACAGUGCCACUGCAACGUCAUCCAUACCAGGCAAUAAAGCUAAGAGCGGAGUAGUCGCUGCUGAUGUUGCUGACCUCAAUGUGGGGAUGGAUCAACUUCCCACUGUCAUUUACGAAGGCGAUAUAUACGACCAGUGUGGACAGCAGCGACAACCGCAAGACUCUGGACGAAAUCAACACCGCAUUACAUUUAAUGAUUUCGACGAAGAAACGGAGUAUUUGUCACCACCUCAAAACGCGGACACUCCAAAUCAAUUGCCCGAAAGCGUAACGUUUGAUACCGAAAACGACGAUUUUUAUGACCUGGAGAAUCGCCCCUCUGACGAGCAUCUGCUCAGUAUUGCUGACACCCCUGAACGUGGAAAGAAGCCACUAUGCAUUGGAGAACAGUACCGUGGUGGUGCUUUGUUGGAAUCCGCAGGCUUGACAGAUGCGCCAGUUGACGCAAAGACUCUAAAGGUAAAUAUUGAGCGCCAAUUUGUGCGCGAUGUAGCGCCUCCUGCCCAAAUGCAACUUGAAGUUGCACGUAAGGCCCGCAUCCCGCUGUUUCUUCACUCACCGAUGUAUGUAAGAACGUCAGCAGCUCCUUUGACUGACGAGAUAGACGAAUCUACAGCUGACUUUUUUGAAGAGGCUCAGGUAGUAGAGGCCGAUGCGCUUGUAGAUCGUGCUAUCGGGGCUACAGAAGCAGCAGGACUAAAUAUAAUUGCUGCAGUUGCUGCUAAAAAUCAUCCGCGGAGGAAGAGGCCUAAGUUGUCUAAGGCUAAAAAUGACGAUUUGCAUGUGGACUUUAAGGAGCUCCAAAUAAAAGAGAUGAUCGGUCAAGGUGCAUUUGGAACGGUGCAUCGCGCCAAAUGGCGCGGCACUGCGGUGGCUGUGAAAAUUUUAGUCUAUCAGUAUCUGACGAUGGACAUUUUGGAAGAGUUUGAGGCUGAAGUGCAGAUUAUGAGUAUAUUAAGACACCCAAAUGUUUGCCUGCUAAUGGGUGCUUGUUUAGAGCCACCGACGCGCUGUCUUGUGAUUGAGUAUUUACCUCGUGGCUCGCUUUGGAAUGUGCUCCGCCAGGAUGUUGUCAUCGAUAUCAUAAAGCAAUACAGGUUUGCUCGUGACACUGCGCUAGGCAUGAAUUAUCUGCAUUCUUUUCAGCCGCCAAUUUUACAUCGUGAUUUAAAGAGCCCGAACCUGCUAAUUGACUCAGCUUACGCGCUCAAGAUUUCGGAUUUCGGUUUGGCACGCGUUCGUGCGCAUUUUCAGACAAUGACGGGCAAUUGUGGCACCACUCAGUGGAUGGCGCCUGAGGUGCUCGCUGCCGAAAAGUACACAGAAAAGGCUGACGUCUUUUCAUACGGCGUUGUCGUUUGGGAGACUAUCACUCGACAGUGUCCAUACGAGGGCCUCACGCAAAUUCAAGCUGCUCUUGGCGUGCUCAACAAUAAUUUGCGACCGACUGUUCCGAAAGAGUGCCCGUCAUUUUUCAAAAAGCUCAUGACUUUGUGCUGGGGAAGUUCUCCCGAACAGCGACCAAGUUUUGAGUCUGUGUUGGAGAUCCUGAACAGCUUUUUCGAUGGCUCAUUACCUUUGCCGCUCGAGCAAGGAUCCACGAUGCGAUAG